AUGAGCUCAUUGUCAGACACGGCUGCUGACACAAUCCAGCAACAUGCGGGGCAAGAAGAUGGUUUGAAUUUAGAAGCGUUGCUGAAUCCGGAAUUUUAUUGUCGUGAAGUGGAUUUCGUGAUACCAGAAAUGGUAAUAGAUUCACUGUGCCAAGACGGAUGGAAUAUCCCCAACCCGUGUACUCCCCGUGUCCCAAAUAUCCAACCAGCACCGGUAUCGAAUUCCGAAAAUUUCAAUCUUGCAACUUUAAUUAACGCAGAAAAUUUCUUGUCUUGGAAUGCUAGUUCGCUUUUAGACCAGCUCGAGAACGAAUUACCUGAUGAGCUUCAAAAAAGUGAGCCUAAAAUUAUUGCCGGGGGAAUUAUUGCUGAACAACAACGUACAAAUUCAUUCGAUCCUUUUCGCACGCAAACUGUUAGAAUUCCGAGGUCUGAUACUUUGUCCAGUGAAGUGGAUUUUGAGCCGCCAAACAUACAAACUGAUACAAAUCAGCCUAUGAAUAUGAUGCGCCAACAAGGAGGGUGCAUCGACAACCCACACACUAUCUAUCUUCCAAAUAUUCAGACAGUCAAAACGUCAAAUCCCGAACAUUUUAACCCUCCAAAUAACGUGGAAAAUUUUUUGCUCCGUGGCGGUAGUUCACUUUUGACUCAUUUUGUCAACCGUCUACCUGAAAACGAGUUUCACAAAAGUGCGCCAGUUAUUACUGCAGGAGAAAUUAUUGCUGAACAGCAGUAUACAAGUUUAUCCAAUCCUUAUGGCACGCAAACUGUUAGAACUACGAGAUCUGACACUUUGUCCAGUGAAAUGGAUUUUGAGCUGCCAGUCAAGAAGACUGAUACAGACCAACAAAAUAUCGAGCAAGAUAAUUUAAACUCUAAUACAGUGAUGAUUUCUUCGAAGCCUAUGGAUACGGAAUUUUUUCUUCUGGAUUUCGAUACACCAGAACCGCCGAUGAAUACAUUGCAUGAACAAGGACGGGGCAUCGCACAGGCUAUCCAUACUCCAAACGUUCAGGCAGCAGAAACAUUGAAUCCUGAACGCUUCAGCUUUGUAACUAUUAAUAGAAGGGAAAAUUUUUUGCCUUCGGAGAGUAAUUCGCCUGUGACCCAGUCCGAAAACCAUCCACCUGAAGCAAAACUUCGCAAGAAGGAUCCAGAUAUUAUUGUCGGGUGGAUUAUUGCUACUCCACUGCAUACAAACUUAGUCACUCCCUAUGACGGGCAAACGACUAAAGCUUCGACAUUGGGUACAAUCGAAGGGCUUGCACCCCAGCAAGAUUCAGCGCAAGAAUAUUUGAUGGCCCAAUACCACUGCAGCUAUGUCAGCUGCAACACGCGCACGUCUUCAUUCCAAGAAUUCAAAGUGCACCUCAGAGGCCACAAUCGGGAAGGUGAAAAUCGCUGUUACUGGCUUAACUGCGGCCAAAAUUUCUCAAGUCCGCAAAAUCUCGACUUACAUUUCUCCGAUCAUUUAAUGGUUGAUUAUUCUAGACCUGACAAACAUAAGUGCACAGAAUGCGGUCAGUUCUUCUGCGCGGAAAGUCUACUGCAACUGCAUCGCAAAAGUAUUCAUCCCCAAGGUAAAAGCCGCUUGAUUUUAAUGAAGCCUAGUGAAAAGAAAAAAAAAACGCAUUAUCCUGAGUAUCAUUCAAUUGUGUGUAUAUACACCUAUGUGUGCGCAAGCAUGUAUGUUUCUUUAUGCAUGCAAAUAAUUCAGUUUUGGAAUGACAAAUAUCUUACAAAACGCGAUUUUUCACUACAUACAAAUUAG